CACAGGAAGCUGAUUGGUCGAUCAUUUUCGGCUCGUCUCUGAUUGGCUGGCAGAAACACCUGUUGCACCUGCCUGUGGAGCAGCAGAAAGUUUGUCCGCCGCUCAGGAGUCGCUUUGGACCGGUCCAUUGUUCCGUCAAAGAGGGGGGAUCCGGGAAGUCCGGCCCGGAACCCGGAGGCAGGCAGCGGGAGCGGCGGGACCGGCCCACCUGCCGCGGGGAGCCGUGGAGUCUUCCACGGACUCAGACAAACUUCCACUCCGCUGAUAAACCCGCUCCGGGUCGGAACCGGUCCAGCGGCCGGAAACAUGGCGGCGGGGCUCGAACCGAGCCGGGAGGAACUUCUGGAAGUGAACAUAUGUGAUCGCAGCGUGGGCUCCGAGGAGGAGAGCGGCGUGUUCAGCCACUCCACGGAGGAUUUCUGCGGCUUCCAGCAGUGGACCCACAAUGACACAUCAUCAUCCUCAUCCUCACCUUCAUCACGUCCGGCGGAGCUGCGGGACCCGGAGCCCGCGGCCCCGCGCAGCUCCAUCGUGGACUGCCUGCUGGUGGAGCUCUACGACGCGUUCAGCGGCGGCGGCGGGCGGCGCACCGCGGACAGCUGGGACAGCUCCACCGGCUCCGGCUCCGACACCCUGCCGGCCCGCAGCAACUCCGGCUGCGGCUUCCUGCAGGAGCUGCAGGAGCGGCACACCCGGCGGCUGCAGAUGACUUACCUGGCCCAGAAAGACCUGCAGGAGCUGCGCUCCAUCAUCCAGGAGGUGAAGCACCGCUCCGGCCUGCAGUCCACCAAGCUGUUGCGGCAGCUGAAGAGGCGGGACCGGCUGGUCCACAAGCGCCAGAAGAACUAUGACGUCAUCACGGCGUGCCUCCAGGCCGUGUCCCAGAAGAGACGUGUUGACACCAGGCUGAAGUUCACCAUCGAGCCGUCGCUGGGAAACAACGGCUUCCAGCAGUGGUACGACGCGCUGAAAGCUGUGGCUCGGCUUCCCACCGGGAUACCGAGGGAGUGGAGGAAGAAGGUUUGGCUGACGCUAGCGGACCGCUACCUCCACAGCAUCUCCAUCGACUGGGACAAAACGCUUCGCUUCACCUUCAACGAGCGCAGCAACCCAGACGACGACUCCCUGGGCAUCCAGAUCGUCAAGGAUCUGCAUCGCACCGGCUGCAGUUCUUACUGCGGCCAGGAGGGGGAGCAGGACCGGGUGGUUCUGAAGCGGGUUCUGCUGGCCUACGCCCGCUGGAACAAGUCGGUGGGUUACUGCCAGGGCUUCAACGUUUUGGCCGCUCUCAUCCUGGAGGUGACUGAAGGAAACGAGAGCGACGCGCUGAAGGUGAUGAUCUACCUGAUCGACAAGGUUCUGCCUGAGAGCUACUUUGCCAACAACCUGCGAGCGCUAUCAGUGGACAUGGCGGUGUUCCGGGACCUGCUGCGGCUCAAGCUGCCCCGACUGUCUCAGCACCUUCAUCACCUGCAGAAAGCGGCCAAUAGGGAGGCUGGAGGCAGCUACGAGCCGCCGCUCACCAACGUCUUCACCAUGCAGUGGUUCCUCACUAUGUUCGCCACCUGCCUGCCGGCGCCAACCGUCCUCAAGAUCUGGGACUCGGUGUUCUUCGAGGGGUCCGAGGUUCUGUUCCGGGCGGCGCUGGCCAUCUGGGAGCGGCUGGGGGAGAGGAUUGAGGACUGCCAGACGGCGGACGAGUUCUACAGCACCAUGGGCGGCCUGACCCAGGAGAUGCUGGAGCAGAACUUGCUGCACCCGGCGCAGCUCAUGCAGGACGUUUACUCCAUGGCGCCGUUCCCGUUCCCCCAGCUGGCCGAACUCAGAGAGAAAUACACCUACAACAUCACGCCGUUUCCCACUGCUGCCAAGGUCAACACCAAGGUCAAUGCAAGCAGCGGUCCGUCCGGUUGGGACAGUGAGGAAGACGCCGAUGUGGAUGAUGAUGACUCUGUGGCGGCGGCCCUGGGCUGCUUGGGGCCCCUGGGCGGCCUGCUGGCCCCGGAGCUGCAGAGAUACCAGAAACACCUCAAAGACCAGCGAGUCGAGCAGGGCAGCAUCGCCGAGCUGAGCCCGGGCGCCGUGGGCGGGACCGCCGCAGGAAGUGGUCGUGCGGAGCAUCAGGCGGCCGUCAACAGCAUGAUGCUGGAACGGAUGAGCACCGACAUCACGGCGCUGAAGAAGCAAUAUGGCCGCAUCAAGCGGCGGCAGCAGCAGCAGGCCAUGCGGCUCUGCAUCCGCACAGGACCCGGCCUGGCCACAAGUCCUGGGGUUCUGCAGGACUGUCCCAACAAACCCGGCAGUGGUUCUGACCCGGAUGCUCACGAUAAAUGUCCCGCCACGCGGGUUCUGGCCUCACAGCUCAACCCGUCUAGCGCCGUCAUCAACCACCUGUUGCUGGGCCGGAAGCCCCGCGGCCCGUCCAGAACCUUCCGGCCCGGGUCGGCCAGCGCGCCGGUACCCGGCUCGCCCUGCAGGCGGCGCCGCGGCUCCAGCAGCACCGGAUCCCCGGGCAGCCGCAGAGGCUCUCCGUGGCGGAACCACGCCCGGCAGCACCGCAGGAACCCGGCCCGGGUCCGGGCCCGGAUCGGGGUCCGAGACUCCGAGGAGAGGGAGGAUGAUGAUGAAGAGGAAGGGGAGUCAGAAUGUGAAGAGGAGGUGAAGGUGGAGGAGGUGAAGGUCCAGUUGGACUCCCUGGACCUGGAGAACCAAGCGACCGAGAACUCCCUCACUGACCCAGAACCAGAAUCAGACCCUGAUGAAGAGGCGAGGAGAGCUGCAGCUCCUCUUCCUCCUCCAGACUCAGACCGGCCCGGAGAGCCGGACUCGGGCGGUUCUGAUGGACCUGCUGCAGAACCUUCAACAUCAUCUUCCUCCCCUUGUCCUCAUCUUCCUCCCUCCUCUUCCUCCCCCGGUCCUCAUCUUCCUCCCUCCUCUUCCUCCCCCGGUCCUCCUCUAACCCCCACAGUCCACUUCCCUCAGCUGAGCCGCAGCCUGAACCGGAGCAGCGCCGCUGGGGCCACCGGCCGGCGGUGA